AUGGGUGGGGGGGCGCCCCGGGCUGUCCGAGGUAAAGUGGAAGUGCAUGGAAAACUCAUCGAGGUGGAGCACUCGGUCCCGAAGAGGCAGAGGAGCCGGAAGAUCCAGAUUCGAAACAUCCCUCCUCAUCUGCAGUGGGAGCUGACGGUUGAUUUGUACUGUGGGCCCUUGUCCCUCGGUACACAAGUCGUCUUCAUCCCUUGCUGGAAGGUACUGGACAGUGUUUUGGCUCAGUACGGGUCUGUGGAGAAUUGCGAGCAAGUGAACACUGAUACUGAGACUGCUGUGGUCAAUGUAACCUACAGCUGCAAGGAGCAGGCUAGACUUGCCAUUGAGAAGCUGAAUGGCUUUCAGCUGGAGGGGUACACCCUGAAAGUUGCCUACAUCCCGGAUGAGUUGGCCGACCUGCCCAUGCCGCACUCUCCAGUCAUGUCGAACCGCCGUGGUUACGGCCACAGGGGAUCCCAGAGACAGGGGUCCCCCGGAGGAGCUUCAGGGCAGAACCACCAGAAUGAUGUUCCCCUCCGUAUGCUGGUUCCCACCCAGUUUGUUGGAGCGAUCAUUGGGAAAGAAGGUGCCACCAUUCGGAACAUCACCAAGCAGACCCAGUCUAAAAUUGAUAUUCACCGCAAGGAAAAUGCAGGGGCAUCUGAGAAGCCGAUCACCAUUCAUGCUUCCCCUGAAGGCUGUUCUACCGCUUGCAAGAUUAUCAUGGAGAUCAUGCAGAAGGAGGCCCAGGAUACGAAAUUGCGCUUCCAUGGUAUUUCAUCUCGGACCGGGCUUAAUGCAUUGCCUCGCACAUACACCGACGAAAUUCCUUUGAAGAUUUUGGCCCAUAACAACUUUGUUGGCCGACUGAUUGGAAAGGAAGGAAGGAACCUGAAGAAAAUCGAGCAGGAUACUGAUACAAAGAUCACCAUCUCCCCUUGUUGGUUAAGACUGCAGGAGUUGACUCUGUAUAACCCAGAGCGUACCAUCACUGUUAAAGGUAGCAUUGAGACUUGUGGAAAGGCCGAGGAAGAGAUCAUGAAGAAAAUAAGGGAGUCUUAUGAGAGUGAUCUCAGUGCUAUGAAUGUGAGUUCUGAAAUACUGGAGCUUCAAGCCCACUUACUUCCCGGAUUAAACCUGAAUGCCCUGGGUCUGUUCCCAGCCUCUACUUCUGGGAUACCCUCCCCCUCUACUCUGGGGGUUCCUUCGGCUGCAGCCGCUACUAACUACCUGCCAUACGGGCAACAGGCUGAAACUGAGACCGUUCACCUGUUCAUCCCAGCCAUGGCUGUGGGAGCCAUCAUUGGCAAGAUGGGCCAGCAUAUCAAGCAGCUCUCUCGCUUUGCAGGAGCUUCCAUCAAGAUUGCCCCGCCUGAGACCCCGGAUGCCAAGGAGAGAAUGGUGAUCAUCACUGGGCCCCCAGAAGCCCAGUUUAAGGCUCAAGGAAGGAUCUAUGGAAAGCUCAAGGAAGAGAACUUCUUUGGCCCCAAGGAAGAAGUGAAGCUGGAGGCCCAAAUUAAAGUGCCCUCCUAUGCGGCGGGGAGAGUCAUUGGCAAAGGAGGAAAAACGGUGAACGAGCUGCAGAAUUUGACCAGUGCUGAGGUGGUGGUUCCUCGGGACCAGAUCCCCGAUGAGAACGAUGAGGUGAUUGUGAAGAUAACUGGCCAUUUCUACGCGUGCCAGCUCGCCCAGAGAAAGAUCCAAGAGAUUCUGGCACAGGUUAAAAGGCAGCAGCAGAUGCAGCAGCAGAAGAAUGCCAAUGCUGCUGCCGCCGCCGCCGCCGCUGCCGCCGCCGCUUCGGCCGCUGCUGCCACUGGCGGCGGCGGCGGUGCCUCUGCCGCUGUCCCUGGGACAAGCGGCCAGCCUCAGGCCAGGCGCAAGUAG